CUAUACUCUUAUCCCCGAUUCCCCCUCCUCAGAUUCGCACAACCAAAAGCCGGCCAAACCAAACCAGUCCAGCGCCAACCCGCCUUCUCCUCCGCUGUCGCCGCCGCCGGCCACCACCAACUGCAUUUACUUACUCCAGCUGAAUCCUGUCGCUACGAGACGCCCGCCAUCCACUCCUUCGGCUCUGCAUCUCCCUUUUUUUGACCCCCAACUUACUUUCCGAUCCGAAUCGGUCGCAAUUCUUUGGCAUCAUGGAUGGGGUUGAUAUCACCAAGGCCGUUCUCAAUAAAGGGAAGCAAAUGGCGAGUAGUGUCGCUGCCUCCGCUACCAAUGGCAAUGGCGGUAAGAAGAGAAGAAAAGGGACCGACUUAAAGCCGAUCGUCACCAACGAAGCCGCCACGCUUGGAGUCGACCCAGCGACCACCACCACCACCACAUCCUCCACCACUACUGAGGGGGUUCCCGCAUACGGCGUCCCACCAUCGCGCUCGUCCUCUUCAUCCUCUGGCGAAGAACUCGAGACCACCGCAGAGGAAGAGGACUCGGAAGACUACUGCAAGGGUGGUUACCACCCGGUCUCCGUCGGUGAAACCUACAACAAUGGUCGAUAUGUGGUCGUGCGCAAGCUAGGGUGGGGUCACUUUUCGACUGUCUGGUUGUCCCGCGAUACCACAACUGGGAAGCAUGUCGCCCUCAAGGUCGUCCGUUCCGCUGCCCACUACACCGAAACCGCCAUCGAUGAAAUCAAGCUGUUGAACCGCAUCGUCCAAGCCAAACCCGCUCACCCCGGUCGCAAACAUGUCGUCAGUCUGCUGGACUCGUUUGAGCACAAGGGCCCCAACGGAGUCCAUGUGUGUAUGGUGUUUGAAGUGCUGGGAGAAAAUUUGCUCGGGUUGAUCAAGCGAUGGAACCACCGCGGUAUUCCCAUGGCCUUGGUGAAACAGAUCACAAAACAAGUGCUGCUUGGAUUGGACUACCUUCAUCGGGAAUGUGGUAUCAUCCACACGGAUCUGAAGCCGGAGAACGUGCUGAUCGAGAUCGGCGACGUGGAGCAGAUCGUGAAGACAUACGUCAAAGAAGAGGCGAAGAAGGAGCAGAAGGAAGACAAUCGCAAUGGUCGGCGACGGCGCCGGACCCUGAUCACUGGGAGUCAACCGCUGCCGAGUCCGCUCAAUACCAGCUUCGACUUCAAGCACAGUUCGCAAAACUCCCACAGCAGUCUUAGUCAGAUGGUCAGCGAGUCGUCUGUGACUCCCAAUGCAGAAAGUACAUCGAUGAAGGAGAUGCUCGGAAUCAAGGACGAUGAUGAGAAGCAGAAGCAACGGGAAAAGACUGCUGAUUUGCUGGAACGGGAGGUAUCGGGCAUUUCGCUCGACAAGUCUCAGUCGAGCGAAGAGCAAGAGCCGGAAUGUGAUAUAAUCUCCGUGAAAAUUGCCGAUUUGGGCAAUGCCUGCUGGGUCGGCCAUCAUUUCACCAACGACAUCCAAACGCGACAGUACCGUUCGCCGGAAGUGAUCCUGGGCUCGAAAUGGGGCGCGAGCACAGACAUUUGGAGUAUGGCUUGCAUGGUAUUCGAACUCAUCACUGGCGACUAUCUUUUCGAUCCGCAAUCAGGUACCAAGUAUGGUAAAGAUGACGAUCACAUCGCGCAGAUCAUUGAGCUUCUGGGACCGUUCCCGAAGUCUCUCUGUCUCUCGGGCAAGUGGUCGCAGGAGAUUUUCAACCGCAAAGGCGAACUGCGCAACAUCCACCGGUUACGCCACUGGGCCCUGCCGGAUGUGCUGCGGGAGAAGUAUCAUUUCUCGGUCGAGGAGAGCAUGCGCAUCAGCGAGUUCCUGCUGCCCAUGCUCGAAGUGUCCCCGGAGCGGCGCGCCAAUGCCGGCGGCAUGGCAUCCCAUGAAUGGAUGCGGGAUACACCCGGUAUGGACGGGAUUGAUCUGGGCAUAACGCCCGGCAGCCGCGGCGAGGGCAUUGACGGAUGGGCGAUGGAAGUGAAACGGAGAUAAACAAAAGUACAUUUAGGCAUGAGGACUCCUGACCACAAGCGUCAGCCGAGUCGGGUGACGAGUUUCCUUGUUUCUGUUACCGUGCGGCGGACCUCUUUAUACUCUACUACCAUUUCUUUUUGGCUGCGUUGGCC